GUCGGUCGCGUAAAUACAAUCGCUUACAAUUUGCUUGCGCGAAAAUCGUUUUGCACGGUGUUGUUUUGAUCGGAAAUCGGGUGAAUUUUCAUCGUUAAUCAUGUUGAAUGAAGAAGUAGACGAUACGGAAUUCUUCCAGCAGGAUUUUACAACCGCCUCGGAGUGGGAGAUUUUCAAUGCACGACUGGAGGAAAUUUUCCAUGAGUGGAAACUAUCCUACGGGAUGUCCGGAAACCACAGUCCGCUGGGACGGGAUGAACUUUCUCUGUGCGAAUGGAACAUCUUGAAGGAAAAGAUUCACUUUGCGGAUGUUGAGCUGGAUGUGGUUCGCUACAAGGCAAACAUUCCGGAAAGAGGAGAGAUCCCACCUGCAGCUGAUCCGGAAACUGGCGAAUCUCAGGCUCAGGCGUUCGUUGAUUUGCUAGCCAUUGAGAACGAUUACAGUACCAUAGAUCAUCUGGCAGACCGGCGGUUGCACCCGUUGGCCCAGUGGUAUGGCUUGCGGGAGUUUGUUGUGGUAGUUCCCGUAAAGCAAUCCAUUACCAACGAAAGCCAGAUCCGUAUUUUGAUGAGUUCGAUUCACAUUGCCGUAGCGGAGAGUAGCUGCGAUGUUCCCGUUUUUGUGCAAGUUUUGGAAAAAGUGCAAAACGUGUUUUUGGGGGUUUGCGAGGCCGGUUCGAUUAGAUUGUCGUUUGAUAUUGUUCAUUUGAAUAUAAUUCCGCCAACCUGUAAGUAUCUGUCGGGACUACUUGAUGUAUUUAAGGGAAAAGUUGCUGUCCCGUACAUGGAUCCGGUUUCUGUGUCCGUUCGGUUUACGUACUCUUUGACGAAAUUUCUUAGCUAUUCCUAUGUGGUCGAAAAAAGUAUUCCAUUUUCCGAUAAUAGUGAUGAAGAGAGUGAUUCCGCGGAAAUGAAGAUUUCACUUCCAUUUGGUGUUGGUUUGGAUCCAGUUUCGGAGUUGAUUUUGCAUUGCACGUGGUCACAGGUGGCUGAUAAUGUUGUUAUCGAUUCACAAACCUAUUCCGAUUUUGAUCCUCUUACUGCACCGGCUUGGAGCAUUCGUGCACGGUUCGAAGAUAAUCCAGUUUGCUACAUGGCCGAAUGCAUGCAGGAAUUUCUUCAGAUUUCCGAAUCGAAACGCGCGAUCACUGAGUACUUUCCGGAACUGACCUAUGGAGCUACACAAAAUCUUGAAGGCACCAAAGCAUUGGAACGUCUGACGGAAUCGAAGAUUCCUACACUGGCUUCAGUGAUUCCGGGGAUCGGUUCAGUGAGUUCCACCAGUGCGAAAGAACUCAAACUGGAAGGGCCACUGAACGACGUUCUGCUGAAGGAUAUGCUGUACUAUUUGUUUCCGGAUGCGCAGUCCGAUUCGCCGCAUGCGUACAACAUUCCACUCCCAGGUCAAACGGAGUUUGAUCCGCUGAAGAUUAAGUCGGCCCAUCCCGAUUCACUGGUACAUCGCCUAGCGAUGCUACUGGGCCUCUGUAAUUCGUUUUUCGGCGGAAAACGAGCCGUCGCUCAGCUGUGGGCAGAGUUCGCGCAGGAGAUGCGAUACCGGGUGGAGCGCUGCAUCCAGAUUCCAGGAAUUGCGGCCGGAUUCCCAGAUUCGAGAACAUGCCUGCUCCACCAGAAGCUUCAGAUGCUGAACGUAUGCAUGGAACGCCGCAGAAUCCGGGAGGGCGGACUGCCCUUUGCGAUGACUAACCGAUCCGGCGGCGGCGGCGCUAGCGGUGAGGCAGACAGCCGCGAGGGAAGCCACGAAUCGGAGGAUGAGUUCUUCGAUUGCUCCGAUGAUGAAGAGGCCGAUUCUAAGCGACGCCACGCUGCAUGGAACCAACCGGUGGGACGCCUGUCGAAGCUCGGCAAGAUGCUGCUCGUCGAUUCCGAUGAACCCCUUUACAUUCCAAUCACCCAGGAACCGGUGCCGAAAACCGAAGAUCAACUCGAGGACGACGCCGAGGUGAUGCUAAAGCUCGGACCGGGCAGUGAGCUGUGCACGCAGAUGAUGAGUGCCUCACUGCUGUCGGAUAUGGAAAGUUUCAAGGCAGCCAACCCGGCCGGCAAGCUGGAGGAUUUCAUUCGCUGGUACAGCCCUCGAGAUUGGAUCGAAGAGGAUGCCGACGAACGGGAUCCCUUUGGCCGCAAGGGACAUCUGAGCUCCCGGAUGUUGAUUCCCGGCAACACAUGGCAAACGGUUUGGGAGAAUGCCCGUCCCGUUCCGGCUAGGCGGCAAAGAAGACUGUUCGACGAUGCUAAGGAAGCGGAAAAAGUGCUUCACUAUUUUGAAACUAGAUCCAUUGGACAAAUUGCACAACUUACAAUGGCAUCGUUAUUUCAUACUUCUAUUAGAAUUCUUUCCGAUGAGGCUGGUUCAGACCGGGAGGUGAUUCCCAGCUUUGCAGAAAAUAUGGAUAAAAUUACUAAUGCUUGCUGCAAGCUUUCACGUGAAAACUGGAUAACUAAUGCACCCACUCAGCGUGGAAAUUCUUGGAAGAAAUACGAAACUCUACUUUCGGACAUUACUCAGCUUGAGACUGUUAUUAUCCAGGUUCGAAGCUUGCGGAAGAAACUUUUUCCUGAAGCUGAUGGCGAAGGGGAAAACGCGAUGGACAUCGAAGCGAAACGGGAGUUUUUAUCCAAGCUACUGAAAGCUUUCGAGAGCGAAUUGGACGGCGGAGCGAAAAGCCCGGUUGCAAAGCGCGUGCUCGAAAUGUUCACCGAGGCAAAGAAAGCUGCCAACGAGCAGGCGAGCGAACGAACCGUUGCGUUGGUAAGCUUUAUGCUUGCUGAUGGAGCAUACGUUUGUUUGCCCGAUCCGGUGGAGAAACAGUUUACGCUCAGAUUGGGUGGUAAAACCGUCUACAAAGGAAUGGGUUCGCCACAGUUCAUGAGGGCAAUUUUCACCUCCAACGAAUUUCGUUUGUGUGGAGCUUUCAGCCAAAAUACUACAUUUUACUAAAAAUCGUAAUAUUCAACUCAAUUGCAUUACAAAAUAAUUAUUUAAACUGAGCACAAGACUCUCGUAUUUCAA